GCCGCGGGACGCUGUCGGAUGAGCACGCAGGGAUCAUCUCGGUGCUGGCCCAACAGGCAGCCAAGCUGACCUCGGACCCCACCGACACCCCCGUGGUGUGCCUCGAGUCCGACACGGGGAGCAUCAUGAUCCAGAGGCAUGACAGCAUCACUGUGGCAGUGCAUAAAUUGGCAUCCUGA